AUGAUCGCCGCCUUCCUCUUCAUCCUUUCUUUAUUCUCUGCCCUCUCCCCUUCCCAUUCUCAACGCCCCACAGAUAUACGUAUUGAUUGUGGCGCCACCGAAAAGUCCACGAUCGACGGCAUAGAAUGGCUGCCGGACACCGGCUACAUAUCCUCGGGGACUCCGAAGAACGUUAUGACAAAGGAUCUACUCCAAACUCUUGCCACUGUCCGCACGUUUCCCUUGAAAAACAACCUUUUCAAGAAGUUCUGCUACGAAAUUCAGGUAGUACUAGGUCGUACGACGAAAUACAUGGUGAGGACUACAUAUUUCUAUGGUGGAAUUGGUGGUGAUAGCAACCCACGGCCACCGGUGUUCGAUCAGAUAGUUGAUGGGACAUUAUGGGCCGUGGUGAAUACAACAGAGGAUUAUAUGAAUGGAAAUUCUGCAUAUUAUGAAGGAAUUUUUAAGCCUACUGGGAAGAAUUUGAGUGUGUGUUUGGCUGCUAAUACAUUUACAGACUCAGAUCCUUUUAUUUCUUCUCUGGAGGUUGUGCCUUUGUGGGAUCAGUUGUACAAUUCCACAGACUUCAAUACUUAUGCUUUGAGUUUAGUUGCAAGGCACAGUUUCGGGUUCAGUGGAUCGAUAAUAAAAUAUCCUGAUGAUCAAUUUGAUCGUUAUUGGGAGCCAUUUGGAGAGAGUAAUUCUCCCUCGUUGAGUUCUGAAAAUGUUUCUGUUUCCGGUAUCUGGAAUGUACCGCCGGUGAGAGUGUUUACGACACGAUUGGCAAAAGAGCAGCCAGAACCCCUGGUGUUAAUGUGGCCUCCAGCAUCUCUCCCUAACUCGACAUAUUACAUCGCUCUUUAUUUUGCAGAUGAUCGUGUUUCAACGAGCUCAAGAAUGUUGGACAUAACCAUAAAUGGGAUAACUUAUUAUAAUAACCUCAGUCUGACUCCAACUGGUGUUGUUGUCUUUGCAAGCCAGUGGCCUCUUUCUGGUUUGACAAAUUUAACGUUAACUCCUUCGACUGGAUCAAAUAUUGGUCCUCUAAUCAAUGCAGGAGAGGUUUUUCAAAUGCUGACAGUUGGAGGAAAAACUCUAGCACGUGACGUUGUUGCUAUAGAAAGCUUGAAACAAAGUUUCCACAACCCACCGGUUGAUUGGAAUGGUGAUCCGUGUUUACCCCGUCAAUACUCAUGGACUGGAGUUACUUGCUCAGAAGGACCCCGAAUUCGUAUAGUAACCUUAAACCUGACGGGCAUGGGUCUUUCAGGAUUGAUCUCGCCAAAUAUUUCCAAGAUGACGGCAUUGACGACCAUUUCAUUAAAGGGAUUGGAAAUUUUGCAUUUGGAAGACAAUCGGCUUGGUGGACAGAUUGCCUCAUUGCUGGGAAACUUGAAAAACUUGCGUGAGCUUUUCGUAUAUAACAAUAAUCUGACCGGCCAAGUACCAAGCAACAUUGCUGGAAAACCCGGAUUGAACCUUAGGGUUACUCCUGGGAAUCCCUUUUUGAUACUGCCACAGUCAUGA